AUGGACCCCAUCAGCAUAAUCGGCAGUAUUGUAGGGGUAGUGGACCUGACUGGUAAGGUGGUAUCCUUCGUCAAGGGCCCGGACACGCAAAGGCUGGCAGGUCAACUUAUCAGCCUUUCAAAGCUGCUGGAGCAACUGCAGGCAUCGAUCAGCAAAGCGGAGGAGCAGUCCGAACCACGGACUCCUUGGCUAGAGGACGUCGGUCUUGUGAAGGACGAUUUGGUACAAUUGCAGAAUCGACUAGAGGAAGUAGCACGUCGCUUGUCUCAUAAUGGCACGCCUAUCGAACGGCUGAAGAGCGCACUUAAUCGUAGAGUGCACGAACGAGGUCUGCGGGAUGCUUUUGAAGACAUUGAGCGCAUUUUACCUCGAAUCAAUGCAGCAUUGGGACUCACUAGCAUCAAAUAUCAUGUGGAGAUGCAGAAAGCUGUAGCGAGCAUUGACCACAGCGUCACUCUCUUGACAAGCUCCUGGGACGACGACCUGGAAAACCGAACGAGGGAAGAAAUAGGCCAGUGGCUGAAAGCUCCAGAUCCCAGGGUCAACUUUGCGAAUGCGAAACGUUUGCACCUUCCGGGCACGGGGCAAUGGCUGCUCAACAGUCGGGAGUUUGCUGAUUGGAAAGAGCACCCUGGUUCAUUUCUGUGGCUAUAUGGUAUUCCUGGUUGUGGGAAAACGGUUCUCAGCUCAUCCGCUCUUGAUCACAUUCACGGCCAUUGUCAGCGGAAAGAGCCGAACACUGCUGUUGUAUACUUUUACUUCGAUUUCAACGACUCCCGCAAGCGCCAGUGCCUGCUGUUUAUCAGAUCUGUCUUAUAUCAGCUGUGUCUAUGCGACCCGCAGUGUUUCGAGGGCUUGCGAAGUUUACGUCGCACAAGCACGAAAUCUUCUAUGCCACUAAGCGAUGAUACUGUCCUCAAUUUGAUCGAUACGAGCAUUGAUCGUCUACCCAAAACCUACCUCAUCGUGGACGCUCUGGAUGAGUGUCACGACCGCGAACCGCUGUUGCAAUUUUUGGUCCAUCUUUCCACCCGACACGGUUCCAAGCUGCAUUUGUUAGCAGCGAGUCGAGAGUGUGAUAUCACCAAGCGACUGUCAAAACAUGUAACUCAACCUGUCAACAUCCAAAGCGCUGUGGUUGACGAAGACAUACUCUUCUACAUAAAUCACCACCUAGAGACUGACGAGCGGCUCCAAAAAUGGAGAGAUAUUGCUUUCGACGAUAUCAGGAGUGGUCUCAUGGCCAAGGCUAACGGGAUGUUCCGUUGGGUAGACUGUCAGCUACAACUCAUCAAGGGCUGCAAGAAGCAUUCCAGGCUCCUCGAGACGCUGCAAUCGCUACCAAAGAGUCUCGACGAAACAUAUAACCGACUUAUAAGAGAUAUCAUUGCAGAUGACGAGCAGUCGGACGCUAUACGAGUCCUACAAUGGUUAUGCUAUGCGCAACGACCACUAAGCCUGCCAGAGAUUGUUGAUGUGCUUGCGACCAGCCCGGGGCGAAACGGCGAAUUCCGACAACGCGAGCGUCUAGCAGAUCCCUACGAUCUCAUCGCCAUAUGCACAAGCCUGAUCACAGUAGUAGAAGUUGAAAAACAUGGGCAACAGGCUACCCAAGUCCGUCUCGCUCACUACUCAGUUCAGGAGUAUCUGCUCUCCCCUCGUUGCUCCCUGGGGAACUUCGCUGCACAGCAGAGCAAUUUUGACAUAGCGGAAACAUGUUUGGCUUAUCUGCUCUACACUUGCAGGCUAGCGAGAAUCCUCCCGAAUUCGAGCACGAUCGAAGCGCAACCUCUAUGCUCAUACGCUGCCUCAAAUUGGUACGUUCACACGAAACUCUCAGGCUCAGAGCUAAGCACUGUCGUGGCCGGAUUUGCUAUUGAUCAGCUCUUCGAUCAGGUUGAUUUAUUUGAAGCGUGGGCCACAAUGCCAAGCGAUGGGCUUCAGGUGUCCAACGAUCUGGCGAGAGAUGCUUACGAAAGGCGGAAGAUGUCGCCGCUGUAUUAUGCGUCCAACAUCGGUAUUCCAGAGAUCGUAAAGCACUUACUCGAAAAAGGUGCAGACCCGAAUUUACUCCAAGAUAGCCGCGGCCAAUCUAUUGCGGAGCAAGACCUUCGAGAGACAGCUCUAGGCACCGCCGUACUUGGGGGACAUCUUGAAGUCGUCAGAGUGCUUCUCUCGGCCGGGGCAAAUCCAAACGCAAGAGGGAAUGGUGGCAAUACACCGCUGGAGAAUGCGUCCUUUAAAGGAGAUCAAGACAUAGUGAAAGCAUUGCUGGAGGGCAGCGCCGAUGCAAACAUACCGACAAAGACUGCCGCUGUUCAGGACCUUGCAUUGCAAGCAGCAGCUGAAAUGGGCCACGUUGGAGUUGUGGAAAUCCUCUUACGCCACGGCGCGGAUCCCCAUGCGAUCGGCAGCGACUACGGCAACGCUUUGAAUGCAGCUGCUUUUAGAGGCAGCAUAGAGAUCGUUCGCAUGCUGAUCGAUGCCGGAGUCGACCCGGGGUAUCAAACAGAUAUGGGCAACGCUCUCCUGUACGCGGCGGACGCCGGCCACGAACACAUCAUCCGGUUACUAUUGGAUAAAGGUGUCAACGUGAAUCAGCUUACGGAGUAUAGCUGCGAACACGCGACAGCGUUGCAAGCGGCGGCGUACGAGGGACAUGAAAGCAUAGUCCGGCUGCUCGUGGAACGAGGCGCAGAUGUGAAUGCACCCCCAGGCGCCAAUGGCAGUGCAUUGCACGCAGCCAUCGUGGGACGGGGAGUGGCAAGGGUAGCGGGUCCACAUGAGUCUAUCGCGGAUCAUCUGAAGGCCCUCGGAGCAGAUGAUGUGAAGUCUACAGCUGAACCCAUUCGGCGGAACCGCACGCGGCCAUAA